UGGAUAAGUAACUUUCGCCAUGAUAGGAGACAAAGGGUAAAGGUUAAUGGAUCUCUCUCCUUGUGGGUACCUGUAAAAAGUGGAGUUCCCCAAGGUACAAUCCUCGGUCCUCUCCUCUUCUUACUUUAUGUAAAUGAAUUACCAACUGCGGCAAAAUCAUCCGUUCUACGCAUCACUGAUGACAUAAAAUUUUUGAAGUAAAUCCUAAUAAUAGUGUGGUGAUGCAAUUAAAUAACCAUGAUGAAUCGUAUCACUAUACAAUAUGUGGAUUCGUGCUACCUAAAGUAAAGAACUAUAAAGAUUUAGGAGUCAUAUUAGGCAGUGAUCUUAAAACCAUUAGUCACUGUGAGGCUGCUGCUGCAAAAGGCUAUAGGGUAUUACGGUCUAUUCUUAAGUCUUUCCAGUAUUUAGAUGAUGAAAUGUUUAAAUUAUUAUACCCGAUUCAUGUGCGACCACAUUUAGAAUAUGGGAUUCAAGCAGCAAGACUUUGUUUUAAGUAUGAAGCAGAUAUGCUGGGAAGAGUCCAACGACGAGGUACUAAGAUGGUAAAAGGUCUAUCUGACCUAUCUUAUGAAGACAGACUGAGACACCUUAACUUACUUCCGUUAUCUUACCUUAGAAUAAGGGGUGACCUAAUAUUGGCUUAUCGUAUACUGAAGGAUGACCUUAAUAUUAAUAUGUCUUAUCUUUUACUUCCGUCUAGGAGUGAUCAUUUGAGAGGACAUUCGAAGAAAGUUCAAAAACCGAAAUCAAAUCAUUUACGUCUGGAGUUUCGUUUCUCAUACCGAGUAGGAAAUUACUGGAAUUCUCUAUCGGAACGCGUAAUAUCAGCACCUUCUGUUCAUAUAUUCAAAACGAGAUAGGACCUCCAAAGUAUUACAAACUGCAAGGAUUAA